AUGUCUUCCAACACGAUUACCGUGACCUUCCAAGAACUCGCAAAAAUGAUCGACCACUCCCUCCUGCACCCAACCAUGACCGAUGAAGACAUUGUUGCUGGUCUGCACAUCGCCCGUGCGAACAAUGUUGCAACCGCCUGCGUGAAACCAUACCUUAUUCCACUUGCCAAGAAAGAGCUCGCCGGCAGCGACGUCCUCGUUUGUCCGGUGAUCGGGUUCCCUCAUGGUAACAGCACAACGGGGAUCAAAGUGAUCGAGGCGACAGCAGCAGCCAAGGCAGGUGGUAACGAGAUCGACAUGGUCGUCAACGUGGGUAAAGUCCUUGGUGGCGAUUGGGACUAUGUGAAGGAAGAGAUCCGUCAGAUCAAUGAAGUGGUUGUGGCUAAUGGUGCCAUUCUCAAGGUUAUUUUUGAGAAUGAUUAUCUCCACUCUCAGCACAUUGCUAGAUUGUGCGAGAUCUGCACAGAAUUGAAAGUUGCCUUCGUCAAGACCUCCACCGGGUAUGGAUUUGUUAAGCAGAAAGAUGGAUCAUACAACUAUCGUGGAGCGACGGUUAAGGAUCUCAAGCUCAUGAGAGAAAAGUCAGGGAAGGAUAUCCAGAUCAAGGCAGCCGGGGGUGUGAGAACGUUGGACGAUCUACUGCAUGUCAUGAGCUUGGGUGUGACUCGAAUUGGCGCCACGGCGACUGUGGCAAUGUUGGAGGAAGCCAAAAAGCGUGGAAUUGGCAGCGAGCCGGUGGAAGUUUCCUUCAAGCCCAUGGCUGAGGAUAGCACGGGUGGGUAUUGAGUUAUGUCCAGUGAUUAAUGUAGAUGACCACUUGAGCUUUUUUGUAUGUAACAAAUAACACAGAUCACACAGAUCAGGAUUCCUCACGCCAGGCAGACCUGUAAGCCAUGUAGAUACUAAGCCUAACGAUAUCUAAGACCUGUUCUGAGAGAACCUGGGCCGAUAUUACCUCACUUUAAGGGCAUCGUUGUCAAAGAACGUUUCGUCGAUUGAAUGUACGCAAGCUAAUGUGAAUUUGUUCUACCCCGUCCGAUGGGGUGUUGUAUCUAGGGUGGAAUAUUCUCCAAACUCCAAAUCCAUGUUUGCUCCAGCAUUGGGAAGCCUUCGUCAGUAGGGGGUCGGAGAAGCGAAGAGUUAUACGACUCCUCGGGAUCCACUGAUAAUCGGGGGGCGUAUGUAGAGAGGGCU